GAAGGGGCGGGUCGUGCGGGGUCAGAGGUUACUCCUGCCCCGCCAUGGCGGCGGAUCCCGGCCUGGAGCUUGAUGAGCGGCUCCGGGAGGCGGCGAGUCUCGGGGAUUUGGAGUUGGUUUCGGAGCUGCUGGGCCGCGGAGCCCGAGUGAACGGGCAGAACACGGUGAACGGCUGGACCCCUUUGCAUUGGGCUUGUAAACGUGGUCACACUCAGAUUGUAUCCUACCUACUUGAUGCUGGGGCUAAUAAAGAUAUUCUCACAAACAAAGGCGAAAGUGCAGCACAACUGACGAUGAAACAUGAACUCCGAGCCAUGUUAGGAGUUGAUGAGGAUUCAGCGCCCGUGGUUAAUGGACAAUCAACUCUUCCGUUCCUACCCAACUACCUGGCAAAUCCCUCCUUCCCUUACGUGGAGAAGCAGGAGUCCAAAAGCAUGGAGGCUGCAGCCGCUGGCUCACUAACAGGCCGUAAACCGUCACUGACGUCGCAGCAACAGAACACACUAGCAGCUGGGCCCCCAGCAACUUUCCAGCCACUAUUCUUCACUGGAGCCUACCCUAUAAAUGAGCGAGAGCUGGUGCUGAAAGUUCGAGUUCACAAUCCUGCCGUCCGGGAUGAAGACUUCAUCGAGGUGGAACUGGAUCGACAGGAGCUCACUUACCAGGCGCUGCUCAGGGUGAGCUGUCAGGAACUCUGUAUCGAUCCAAAACAAGUGGCAAAGAUCAGGAAACUCCCCAACACGCUGCUAAGGAAGGAUAAAGAAGUUGCGAGGCUCCAGAAUUACCAAGAGCUGGAGUUUGUUUUACAGAAAGGUGACCCGGCCCUGAGCUCUGUGCCAGCGACUCUGACUGAGCGUCCUUGCUACAAUCAGGGGGCAGCCACGUUGACCUACUGAGACACGGUGCCUGCUGUGCUUAGGACAGGCGUUAUCCCAGCACUCCAGAAACUGACGACUGUCGCUGUGUAUGAAAGGGCACAAGUUUUACUUGGCUGAAUGACUGCACCAGUCGCUGCAAUGUCUGUAAAAGUUAAUCACGAUGGUCACUAGCAUUACUUUUGGGGAUUAUUGAAAACCUUAAGCUGCCUCUCCUUGUGAUGAUAACAAAUGAAAACUAGUUCAUGUAUCAAAUGCACUUCCAUCCACCACUCACAUCUCGACAAUCCACUCGAGCACUUCCACUGCAGCUAUCAGAGCACAGCGUUCUGAAAUCAGCUGCUCCAGCUGUUUCCAAAACAAGGAACUGUGGGUACCACAGACUUCCAUCAGUACUCCCAUGUCUCACUGAGCUGUUUGGAUGGGCUCUGACAGCAGGUUGAAAUACCCUGUUAAACAAUCUCUUUUGAUAGUAAACCCUGACCAUCUUGUUUCCUUAACCCUUGAGCAGUGGGAGAUAUAGUCCCUGACCCUUAGCCUAUCACACCCACCCAAUAUGCCUGGUGUUGACAGGAGCAGCCUGGGAUGAGGAGCCACUGGAAUUGCUAGGCAGUAUAAUUCGAUUGUAGACAAGAAUCUAAUUCCACUGCGUGGGUCAAAAGACCCAGCAUAGCAUUCUUGCUCCUUUACAUUUUUGUACUUUUCCAGGUAAUGCAAUCACUGCCCAUUAUCAAAGCUUUGACCCUUUGGCCAUUCUCAUGUCUCAUCCUUGGAUAUUCUUCAAGGUAUGAAACACUGACCACUUUAUUUUUAAUCGUGAUCUUUCCUGUCCCACUUUAUCAGUGGCACAUGCUUCCCAUUCUCACUUUUGUCUGCUGUUCCAUCCUCUCGAGUUUCUGCUAUUCACAAUAAGCCCCAGAGAAAAUUCCCAUUUCCCAACAGGUCCAGAGCUGACUCCAACAUCACUUGACGAACCUAUGCAUUUAGAGAUUUGCUAUAUUUUAUAAAUGGCUUUUAUUCUUUAGAUACUCUUGAGCACUUUUUCUAACAGUUAUAAUCAGGAAUUGAUCUAAUCACUGUACAAUUAUCAAUAAAAGUAUUGUGUGCCGGUG